UAUAUUUAUCCCAUAGUCAACACAAGUUUCAUUCAAUAUUUCCCUUUUCCCGCCAAAACAAAAGUUUACAGCUGGCAUUGUUAGAUUCUGUUAGCAUUCAGUUAGAUUAUUCAGUUUUCUGUUUUUCAGUUACUUUACUCUCUUGCAUUUUCAUUCCACAUUAUAAAUACAUCAUAUUGCAUCAUUCAUUUCAAUCACAUUCAUUCACUAUUUCUCAGUUUUCAUACUUUCAAUUCAUCACUCUCUCUCACAAAUCAAGAUCCACAAUGCAUAAGGUUCUAAAAACUGUAGUUGAUCUUUUCAGGAGGAGGAAAGAUGAUCUCAUUACAUUUGAUCAAGACCGUUACACGAGAUCGAUCAAUCUGAAACGACAUUGCUUUGGAGAAUUUUCUAUGGCUAAUGCUCAAGCCAAUGCAAUUAUGGAAGAUCAAAGCCAAGUUGAAGUUGCCUCUCAGUAUGCACUCUAUCUUGGAGUUUACGACGGCCAUGGUGGCGUCGAAGCAUCUCUCUAUGUUCUUAAUAACCUCUUCAACAAUCUAUUGAGGUUUGCUCAUGAGAAUGAUGAUGCUAUAGCAGAUAGUUUGAGGAAUGCUGUUGCAGAUACUGAAAAUGGAUUUUUGGAUUAUGUGGAAAAUAAUAUUGGUCUAAUUCGGACGAUCGGAAAAGUUGGUUCAUGCUGUCUUGCUGGGGUUUUGUGGAAUGGUGUGCUGUAUAUCGCGAAUCUUGGAGAUUCCCGUGCUGUAAUUGGUUCUGUGGUUAACAAAAGAGUCAGUGCUGUACAAUUGACAACAGAUCACAACUGUAAUGAUCCGGUUAUUCGAGAAGAACUCAUCUCAUUGCAUCCCGGUGAUCCUACCAUUGUGAUGGAGCAGAACGGGUGGCGCGUCAAAGGCAUCAGUAUGGUAAGUAGAAGUAUUGGUGAUGCAUAUUUGAAGAGGCCUCAAUUUUUGUUGCCGACAUACGAAGAAGUUCCUCAUCCUUUUGAUAGAGGAGUGCUAUCAGCAGAACCAGAGAUGCUUACUAGAGUUAUAGAAGAAACUGAUAAGUUUCUUAUAUUUGCUUCUGAUGGACUUUGGGAGCUCAUGACAAAUGAUGAGGCAGUUCAAAUUGUUCAUAAGAAUCCAAGAAAGGGAAUUGCGAAGAGGCUUGUGACUACUGCUCUAGUGGAAGCUGCUAGAAGAAGGGGUAUUACCUAUAGGGCCAUGAAGACUGCGACUCCAGGAAAGGAAACUUGUGUUGGCAGGAGGACUUUUCACGAUGACAUAAGUGUGAUAGUCGUGUUCUUAGACAACAAGACGCCACUUUUCAAAAAGCACUUACUUGAUCUUUCCUACAGAGGAUCAACCAACGGGAGUCAACCAUCGGCCUUUGCACUGUCUGGAUUAACUGCUACGGAAUCGCACUCAUUUACGGGGGAUCUGAAAAAAAGUUUCAUAAAACGGUUUAAGGGAUCAACCUCAAAGGGUCGGAGCUCUCAGACUGAGCAUCUGCGCCAUCUUUAUAUGGGUCGGAUUGAUAGUGAUGAGAGUUCGCAGACUGAGAGCUCUGUUAACUUUACUGGUUGAGUGAUUCUUUCCUUUUACUGCAUCAAAUAUGAUUCUAGAAGUUUCGAUUUUCUGUGAUACAUUGAUUUUUCCUCAGUUUUUUAGGCAUCAUACAAAUGGAGUUUAUGUGAUACAGGAUUAUAGCAAAUAAAAUUGUGUGAU